AGGGGGGCAGGGCUGGUGGGGAGGCUCAGCAGUCCGGGUUGACAGUGGACCGAGUCCCCCUCAGUUUUGCGUGGAAGGGAAAAAGAAGAAGAAGAGAUGAGCGUCAAAGUUGGAGGCGGCUGCUUUUGGGGCGCAAACUGAAAAAGCAGAAAACAAAGGAUUGGGAAGCAGAGGAGGAAGGAAGCGGGAGAGAAGAAUCCUUGGAACCUGCAACAAAAGCGAGAAAGGAUACAGUUUCCAGCUAACUUUCCAUUGGCGGCUUCUUUCCUCAUCCACAGAAGAGAAAAGGAGAUUGUGCUGUUAUUAUUUCCCUACUUUUUACCCUCCCUCUUCCUUUUGAAAGAGGAGUAUCUAUUCUUUCCUCCACUUUGUGCCCUCUGUUUUGGAUUUUUCUCCAACUUUGGCUUCCUGAUCCCCUUCUCCCAUGCCAGCCAUGAUCGAAAAAGGCCCAGAGGUUUCAGGGAAACGGAGGGGUCGGAACAACCAGGCGGGCAGCAAUGCCAAUUCCGCCUCCUCGGCUGCUGCUGCUGCUGCUGGUGGUGGUGGUUCUACUGCUGCUGCUGCUUCCUCCACCCCCAACCCCACCACCAGCAACAAUAGUGGGAAUAAUAAAAGUUUGGUCCCCAUUGGAGCGGCAGCAACAGCGACGACGGCCGUGGCUCCCAAUGGGAACAGCAGCAGCAACAACUCCUGGGAAGAAGGCAGCUCGGGCUCCUCCAGCGACGAGGAACAAGGAGGAGGAGGCAUGCGAGUGGGACCCCAGUAUCAAGCCGUUGUCCCUGACUUCGACCCUGCUAAAAUUGUGAAGCGGACUCAAGAACGGGAGAACCUUGGUAUGCUGGUCUGGUCACCCAACCAGAAUAUUUCUGAAGCAAAAUUGGAUGAGUAUAUCGCUAUUGCGAAGGAGAAGCAUGGGUACAAUAUGGAACAGGCCCUUGGGAUGCUCUUCUGGCACAAGCAUAACAUUGAGAAAUCUCUGGCUGACCUACCUAACUUCACCCCUUUUCCAGAUGAGUGGACAGUUGAAGACAAAGUCUUGUUUGAGCAGGCUUUCAGUUUCCAUGGGAAAACAUUUCACCGAAUCCAGCAGAUGCUUCCUGACAAAUCGAUAGCAAGCUUGGUGAAAUUCUAUUACUCCUGGAAAAAGACAAGAACCAAAACAAGUGUCAUGGAUCGUCAUGCUCGGAAGCAGAAAAGAGAGAGGGAGGAGAGUGAGGAUGAAAUGGAAGAAACAAAUGGAACUAACCCUAUUGACAUUGAGGUUGAACAAAACAAGGAGAGCAAAAAAGAGGUUUCUACUCCUCAGGUGCCCCCAGUGGAACCAAUUCCUCAGGUAAAGAAGGAGAAGCACAGUAGCCAGGCCGCGAAGAACCGAGCCAAGAGGAAACCUCCCAAAGGCAUGUUCCUUUCUCAAGAAGACGUGGAAGCAGUCUCCGCCAACGCAACUGCCGCUACCACCUUGCUGCGUCAACUAGAUAUGGAAUUGGUCUCCAUCAAACGACAGAUUCAGAAUAUCAAGCAAACAAACAGCGCUCUGAAAGAGAAACUUGAAGGAGGAAUCGAACAAUACAGGCUACCGGAGGUUACGUUGAAAUUUAAUGCACGCUGGACCACAGAAGAACAGCUUCUUGCUGUGCAAGCAAUCAGGAAAUAUGGCCGUGACUUUCAAGCCAUCUCUGAUGUGAUUGGAAACAAAUCCGUGGUGCAAGUGAAAAACUUUUUUGUAAAUUACCGGCGGCGUUUUAACAUAGAUGAAGUUCUACAGGAGUGGGAAGCAGAGCACGGCAAGGAUGAGAUGAAUGGAACCAAUACCCAGAAACCCGUAAAAUCACCGGAUAAUACCAUUAAAGUGUCAGAAGAAGAAGAAGAGGCUACUCCUGUUCUGGAUGUCAGAUACCCAUCUGCUUCAUGAGAAACUCAGGUAGCCUAGAACAAUGCUAUGUUGUGACUACUGCAUUAUCUGCAAUAUCAGGUAUUAGCAAAACCUCAGAACAGCCAUCUGCAUCAUAUCUCUGUGAACAAGCAGCUAUUACCAAAAAAGAGAGAAAGAGAACAAACCGAUUUCAGACGAAACGAAAGGCAAACACAUCUGCUCCCUGUGCUACAUUUUUUGCCUUAAUCUUCUCCUCAUUCCUCCACACCGCUCCCAUUUAUGUGUCAGGACUGAUUCUGGGUUUUCAGCGACAUCCCAGUUUAUAGCAUCGGCUGCUCUUUGAACCACCUUCACACGAAUACAUAGACCACGAUCGGCCAACUUUUCUCCUCCUUCCUAAGCUUCCCAAACUCCGAUUAUGACUCUUGAAAGCAACCUUCUCUGCAAUAGGGUAUUAAUAUGUAUUUCUGUAGGGCAUUGUGUGGUUUCUGCUUCUUUUCUAACCAUUAAUUAUGAGAUGAUCUCCUUUUUUAUUUGUUUAUAUUGAAUUAUGUUAAGAGAAAGCAUUGUGGGUAUGCCAGCUUCUCUGAAGUCAGAGGAUACAAUGGGGAUGGGGGAAUGUCAAAAGAUGCUGGCAUGUACAGUUCUUUAUGCAUAUUAUCAGCAACCUUUUUAGAAAGUUAAAAAAAUAAUUGUGAUUUUUUAUGAUGAUUGUUAAUGGACCUUUUUAUUUUAAUUCAAAAGGGAAUGCACAGCCUGUAAGCCUACAUUGAAACAACACACAUACACUUGCACACAUGAACCAAUGUAUUUGCAUUACGACAUUUCGGUGAAUGCUGGUUUCUUUUAAUUUCUUUACCAAUCCAGGGGAUUAAGGCCACCUAACAUAUUUAUCUGUUCUUGGGCCCUUCUGCUUUUUAAAAUACUUUCCAUAUUGAAUUAGCCAAUAUAAAUUUGUAAUAUAAAAACCACCUAAGAUUUUAAUCAUGGCUGUCCAGAGAUUAUCAGUGGGAUUUUAAUGGGUUUUUAAAUGUAGAAACAAAAAAAAAUUAAAUAGUUACAAUCUCAGUAUGUAUAUAUAUCUGUUCAGAUAUUGAAGCAAAGGUUUUUCUAUCAUUAAUUAGAAAAUCAAUCUUUAGUAUGUGAUUCAAUGUACUCUAGCAUGGUAAGAACGUGAUACAAUUAAGUGCAAUUUACCAAUCUUACAUGGUGCAGUUUUUACAUAUAUAUGAAUUGAUCUGUAAGAAGCAUGACUAUAAUAGCUUGCUGAAACCAUGUUUAACUGAGUAAUGAUAAAAUGAUCAUCUAACUUCAGCAUAUCAUCGUAUUCGUUUUUCUCAAAAGCAACUUUUCAUUGGUAAAGCACAGAAAAUGAUGCAAUCAUGUGGCAGGCAUUGUUGAUCAUUUACGACUUUGCCCAUUUGUCUACCACAACAACCUAGAAAUCAGGAAAAUGUGUGGCCAUCCAGGAUGUGUUGUACUACAAAUCCCAUUGCCCUUAGUGAUGGCCAUGAAGACUAGGGGUGAUGGGAGAUGGAGUCCCAAAUAUAUGGACAAUCACAGGCAUCCUCACCUAUAGUGUAGACCAGGCAUGAGCAAACUUCGGCCCUCCAGGUGUUUUGGACUUCAACUCCCAGAAUUCCUAACAGUCUGUUCGGAAUUCUGGGAAUUAAAGUCCAAAACACCUGGAGGGCUGAAGUUUGCCCAUGCCUGGUAUUGACAUAACACCCAUAGAAUUUCCUUUAUAUUUGCCAAAUAUAAAUAUAUAGAGAGAAAGAGAUUGAGAGAGACAAAGAAGUAGUACUGCUUUUUCUCUUCCGUCUUACUGAGCACCUGUUUGCUUUCUGCAGGGUAAAAAACAAAAAGGAGAGGCAAGAAUCUCACAGAACAACAAAAACAAUAAAGCCUUCUUAAAAUUUGGCACCAGCUAAUCUAAUAUGGAUCUGAGAGGCUGAAAAGCAAUAGCAUGUAAAUGACAAGAGCCUUGGUCUCAAAUCUAAUUGUUAAUCCCAAUUAGAGGUGAACCCAUUGAAUCAAUGGAAUUUAUGUAAGUGUUGAUAUGCAUCAAAUUCCUGUUAAUUCACUGAGCCUGCUCUAAGUUGAAGCUAACAAUUGGAUUUAGGCUUUGGUGUCCUUUCCUAAUUCAGAUCAAGCAAACCUCUUUCUCCCUUUGUGAUUCCUAUCAUGGAACUAACUUUUAAAAACAUCCCUAGCCUUUUGCGUUCUAAAUCAAGGAAACCUUUGUGAAGAGUAGCUUUUCCCAAGCGUUGUGAUGACAAACUGGUAUAUUUUAAACGUAUUUUAAGGUUAUGGGUUUGGGAUGUCACCUAAUCAUUCUAGUUGGGUUGAACUGACUUUAAAAAAAUCAGAUUCUAUACUAGACAAUGUAAAAUAUAAUAAAAGAAAACUCUUCCUAUGUCAGUAUUCUAUAUCCAAUUAACAAGGUGAGAAAUAUAAGCCAGGUGGGCAUUACACAAAUUAUUUCAUUUAAAUUUAUACUGAGUAAAACCUAAAUUAAAUGGUCAUUGCUCUGUGUGUGUAUGUGUAAAAGAGAGAGUUUGAUUAACCAUUUUAGAUCAUAGACGUGGGAUUUAAAUAUUUCAAAGCUGCCCGCACUUUUUUAUCUCUCAUUCUCACUAAUAUGAUAAUAUUGUACAUGUAGAAAUUAUUUAGUUAAUGUAACAUUCUGGCAGAGAUUCCCUCAUACAGCCAUGUUAGCAGCCAGGCACAUAAUAUUUAGAUUAACUUCAGUUCCGGAAUCUAGAAAUAUAAAAUCCAUUCAUCUUUCCUGCAGAUUUGACAAGGUAUAGAAAUUUCUAAGCCCGUCUAAACUAUUUCCAGAGUUUUAGAAACAAGUCUUGUUCUUACUUUGAUGAAAUAGACUUGCUAAAUUUUAAAACAGUUAAUUUUACAUCCCUAUUUAUUUCAGUGUCAUACACAAGACUAUUUUGUUUUCUCCUUCACUGAUAGCCUGCGUUUCCCAGAGAUUGUAAAGCAGUCAUGGGCAAACUUGGUCCUUCCCAGCUCAGAUGCAACAAGGAAAUCAACAAAUCAGACAUGGGAGCAGCUGUGUCUUCCCUUUCAACAUUAACAAACAAAAUCAGGGAUCUGGGACCCCUUUUCUUUACCCACCGCACUUCAAACUGUUGUACAGGAAGGUCCUCAUUAACGAUCUGUAGCAUGAGAGGAAAAAGCUAAGGAAAAGGGCAGUAUACCUCAAAAGGGAAGUGUCCCUGCUAACAAAAUACUAUUGGAUACAGCCCCAAGAAUUCGAUAGGGCUAAAAUAAAAUAAAAGGAGCCCCUGGUGGCGCAGCAGAUUAAACCGCUGAGCUGCUGAACUUGCUGACCGAAAGGUCGGCAGUUCUAAUCCAGGGAACGGGGUGAGCUUCCGCUGUCAGCUGGCCACAUGACCUUGGAGUUGUCUACGGAUAACGCUGGCUCUUUGGCUUAGAAAUGGACAUGAGCACCCAUGCCGAGAGAUGGACGCAACUAGACUUAAUGUCUGGGAAAACCUUUACCCUUACCUAAAAUGAAAUAAGUUAACAAGGUAACACUAGGUUGCUCUGAGUUUUCUGGGUGGUAUGGCUAUGUUCCAUAAGCAUUCUCUCCUGACGUUUCACCUGCAUCUAUGGCAGGCAUCCUCAGAGGUUGUGAGUUCUGACAAGGUAACAGUUUGCCAAUAUGGUAUGACCUCCAUAUCCACAGGACUUGUAUCCACAUUUUCAUUUUUCCACAUCCGACAAAAUCUAUCCUUUCUAGGUAUUUUCUAGGUCCUUCAGCAUGAUUCCAUGUCAGAGCUUUCCAAACAUUUCAAGUUGAUGAUACACUUUUUGGACAUGCAUCAUUUCGCAAUGCAAUAAUAGAGACUUCCUAGCAAAAAGGAGGUUAAACCAAUCCCUUAUAAGAUAUACGAACACAUUCAUAAACUGCAAUAACAAAAUGUAUGAGGGCACAACAUAUCCCAUGAAAUUUAUUCAUUUUUUUAAAAAAGAUUAUUUGCUUAUUUCACAAACCCAGAUUUUGUGUUAUGGUUGCAUGACGUACCUAUGCUCUGCAGCUAACACACUAACAUGUCAUGACACACAGUUUUGAAAGCUCUGCUCUAUGGUAUUAUUGGGCCAAAAGUCCAUCAUUUCAAUAGGGUUUGCUGUUAUCCAUGGUUUAAUGUAACCACAUGAAGUCCAGGGAUGUUUCCCCUGUGGAUAUGGAAGUUGUCUUAUGUCAAAUCUCUCAUCAAUAUUUGUGAAAAUUCUCAUACCUGAUUUCUCCACCUGUGGUCUGAAACUGCUCAUAUAGUUAACUAUUUAUAGUACCGACAGAUUACAUUGUUCAGCCUCCCAAACCAUAUCAAAAGGAAAAGAUUGGGCUUUGAGUUGAUCUCCUACAAAGUCAGUACAGAAACUCCUUACUGGUGGAGAAGAUACUCUCUCUAUAUUUCUUCACCAUUUCAGGUCUAACGUACUUUUAAGACAUGUACACAGUAGUAUAGCAUGGGUUCCUCCCUCCUCUCUGGUUCACAAUGGUUCCCUUAUUAAAACAAAGGAAUUAUUUCGCUUUUAAGGUUGGGUUGUUUUCAAAAUUUGGUCUUCUGUACAGAAAGGGUGCAUUGUUGUUGUUCAAACAUUAUUUUAAUAAAGGCUCUGCAUUCUGAUUUAAAAGGGUCCACAAACCUGACUUUUUAAUGUGUAAUAUUCACUUAAAUUUUGUUUCCUUAUACUAUUAAUGUGGAUGUCAUAAUUACAUGUUUUUUAGAUGGUGGGCAAUUUUUAUUUCUUCCUAAGUAUAAGUUAUUGUGCAUAAUUACGGUAUCGCUAAGAAAAAGUGGUACUUUAAAAUCUUAACAAAUUUAUUGUAUAUGCACCAGAAUUUUACAUUUGUUCUAUUUUUGUUUCUACGUGUCGUUGUGUAACAUGCUAGUACAUUUUGCUGCUGUUGUUUUGCGCUCCUCCCUGCUGCAUCCUUUAUAAUACCUUUUUACUUGAAUAUUGUACCCUAACUGGCCUGAAAUACAAUGAUCAAAUUUCUGUAAUCUAGAACUAAGGGAGGAAGCUGCGUAUAAAAUAUGUAAUGCUUAAGCUUAAGCAGCUUCUGAUAGCAUUGUACAAUCAUAUUCUCAAUAGUAGUUACAACUGGUAAUGCAGCCAUACAGGCUUCUUAUAGGUAAAUAUGUAUAUAUAUUUUUUCAGGGAUUUUGAAAUGCUUUUUGUGAUGUUCCCUCUUUUGAGACUGAGCCCAUAUAAGACCUCCUGUUCUAUCUGCUGGUUCUGCUCCCUGACUUUCAUAUGGCCCCUUCUCUCCAUGCAUUCAAUGGAAGUUGUAAAUGUGUACAACCAAAAAAAGGAGUCUUUUUGCAGCUUUAAGAGUCAAACUUUUGUUUUAGCAUGAAGCAUCAUGGAUUAUGAUCCAUUUCUUUUGAUGCAUGAGUAUCAUAAGAGCAAAAAUUAAAGAAGAAAGUGACAAUUAUAUUUUGUUUGUCCAGAAACAAAAUUGUUGAUGAUAGCACAAGUACCCUAACCAAUAGUAAGGUAGCUAACACACAUAUGCAAAUAUUUGUUUACUGAAAUCAGAAGACUGUUGUUUUGCUGAAAGAAAAGCAACAUGGCUCUAUCUUUGAAAAUGGUGUGCAAGUAGAACAGUUUUCCGGAUCACAUCAAAUACCCUACAUAGAUAUCCAUGGGGUAUAUAGUGUGAUUGAGAACCAUUGAGUGAUUGAUGUUCCUGAUCAUAUCAAACAGUCCAUGGCAUCUUUAGUGUGAUCAAGAAGCCUGUGUAGACAUCCAUGAUUCUCUAAUGUGAUCAAGAACAAUUACCUGAUUGGUGUUCCUGAUCAUAUCAAAUGCCCUACGUAGGUAUUCAUAGGGUAUAUAGUGUGAUCGAGAACCAUUGAGUGAUUGAUGUUCCUGAUCACAUCAAAUAGACCAUGGCAUCUCUAGUGUGAUCAAGAAGCCUCUGCAGACAUUCAUGGUUCUCUAAUGUGAUCAAGAACAAUUACAUAAUUGGUGUUCCUGAUCAACACCCUAUACAGACAUCCAUAGGGUCUUUAAUGUGAUAAAAAACCAUUGUGCGCUCAGUGUUUCUGAUCACAUCAAACACUUUAUGUAAAGAUCCACUGAAUUUCUAGUGUGAUCAAGAACCAUUGCAUGAUCAGUGUUCCUGAUCACAUGGAAAUUUGGGAGAGGGGGAAUGGACAGACACUAUACCACACCACAGUUAGUAGAUACAGGAAAGGAAGCUUUGAAAGGGCUUAUGCUCGGUCUCUCUUGCUACUCUGUUUGUUCUCUGCCUGGUCUCAACCAGUCCUUUGUGCUCAGGUAGGACCUCUCCCACGUUAAUAGUAAGUUUAGAUUGCAAAGCCAAUGUCCUGUUUGGGGAAUGAAGGUAUGCUUGAGUCCAGAGAGAAUAAAAUUGCUCUUUUGCUUUCCGUUCUGGAACCUGCAGUGGUUUGCUGCCAGAAAUAUCAAAAAUAACAAAUGGAAGGCACUUGGUUCAAGACCCAUUUGCACCUGAUUUGAAAAAUACUGAUUUGGCUUAUUCUGCCCAUGUAUGAUGACUUCCACUAGCAUAGAAGACUGAUGUGUUAUUUUUUUUUCUGAAGCUGAUACUGUGCUGGGCAUUCCCUUGCAGAGAAGAUUGGCUACUUGGUAAAACAAAAUCUAAAGCUCUGUUGAGUUCAAGAAAUUAGUUUCAUCAUUCUGAGAACCUUGAUCUUUCGUUAAAAUAUACCAAAUCUUUUGCAGUUUUCUUUAAAAAGAAAACCCUUUUCAGUCACCACCUUACCAAACAAUGUCUUUCUUUUUGACAUCUUUUGAAACUGGGCUGAAAUAUUUUCUUGGUCCUUGUUUAGCUUCUUUUGCCUUCUUUAGACCCCUCUGCUGAAAUCAGUUGUUACUUUCGCGCACGAGAUGUGAGCCAAGAAUUUUGCUUGCCUGGCUUGCAUACUGUAUAGAUAAAUGUAAUGGUUUCAUUUUUUUUUAAAAGAAAACCUUCCAUUUUGGCAAAGUAAUACAAGUAACAAAAAAAGUAAGAACUUUGUUCUGAAUCUAUAUUUUUAAAAGCAUUGAGAGAGGAUUUGCACCGAGGUCAAAAAUGAGUGUCACUAUUUUUAAUGAGAAACAGAAUUACGAUUUUAUUAUCUCCUGACUGUGUGCUUAGCUAGUUGAAAAUCUGUCAUCUUGUGCAGUUUCUUCAACCCCAAGUAUAGUUUCUGCCACUUUUUGGAAAAAUGCAGGUUUUCUUUUUCGAGACACAAUCCUCUAUGCAGUGGUGCUUUUGGAGCCUCCAUUCAUUUCAGUGAGGCUUGUACAGGAAUUCGCUGGUUGUAUAAAUCUCUAGAACAGAAAAGCUGUAUAAUAGCAGCUAUUCCUGUUGGGUUGGUGUCACUGUGGAUAGUAAAGCACAAUUACAGCGAAAGCUACAGUUUUGAAAACAGAAGGUCAGUAUAUGUCUAUGCAUGUUGUAUAUUAAUGAGUGUUUACAUUCAUAAUCUAAAACUGAAAUUUAUACUGGAGUGUAUAAUAGUAUUCCAUUAUGUAGAUUUUAUGAAUUUUUUGUUAAAUUCUAGACAGCUUACAAAGGAUUCUUUUUCCACUCCCAAGAUUUUAUGAUGUAUAAUGUUAAGUUUGCAAAUAUAAUAAAAUUCUGUAUAGCCUUUGAAGUGAUAAAACAUUAUGCAUUACAUGGGGGGGGAAGGGAUUGGGUUUUUAAAAAAGACGUAUGUAGUAAUACUGCUGUUGUAAGUAAUAUUUUUCAUGUCCUCUCUCCUUUUUUUGCUAUUUCCCUAUUAUUUACCACAUUACUGUGAUGAAUGUUCAUAGAAUUAUAAAACUGCUUAGCCACUGAAAAGAUAACAGUUUGAGGACUUUUUUUUUCCUCUUUGAAUUAUCCGUUUACUGUAAGAGAAAUUAUAGCGGGAAGAGGAGUUCACAGUUCAUUUCUGAAAUUCUGCACAGUUCAUUUUCUAUGAUUUCCAGUGUUUGCUGACAUGAAAUUAAAAAGAAAACCAA